GGAGCGCGUCAGCGGCGCGCGACGGAGGUGGCGUCAGGGGUUGCGCCGGCGCCGUCGUCUCGCGGGAGGUGGUUGCCGGCGUCGGCGUGAGGCGAAGCGCGGGAGCCGCCGCCAUGACGUCUGCCUUGGAGAAUUACAUCAACCGUACUGUUGCAGUAAUUACUUCUGAUGGAAGAAUGAUUGUGGGAACCCUCAAAGGCUUUGAUCAGACGAUUAACUUGAUUUUGGAUGAAAGCCAUGAACGAGUGUUCAGUUCUUCACAAGGAGUUGAGCAAGUAGUGCUUGGAUUAUACAUUGUAAGAGGUGAUAAUGUUGCUGUCAUUGGUGAAAUUGAUGAAGAGACAGAUUCAGCUCUUGACUUGGGGAACAUUCGAGCAGAACCUUUAAAUUCAGUUGUGCAUUGAAAAGAUGAAAAUGCACAGGGACUUUGUAAAUCUUUGGUUGUACAGACCUAUUUAACAAGGUGGAAGAUUUUUACAAAUUGUGUGUAAUUUGUUUUAGUCACCAGUUUUUUAUUAUGAAUAUAUUGUAGUUUUGCAUGUAAAUUAAAGUUUCUAUGUUUUACUAAA